AUGUCAAAGUUUACGAUGCUUGUACGACAGAAUCAUAUCCUCCGAUCGCCGAUUCAAUGCGUAACAACCUCGCUUCGGCACUACACUCCCGGCAUGCAUAACAAGCAACACGUUGUUGGACAUUCCAGACGUAGUCUGACAACCCAUGCCGUUACCAAACCAAGGCCUCCCCAAACUCAUUUCCGGCCUGAAGUUUCACAAAAUGUAACAUGUGACAGUACCACAGAGGAACACCCGUUGGGAACCAUGAGGCCGGUGAAAGUCAUCAGCAUUGGAGCAGGAGUUAGUGGUAUCAACAUGGCUCGAGCCUUAAAAAGACAUGGCACCAAUAUCGAACAUGUUGUCUAUGACAAAAAUCCAGAGAUCGGUGGUACGUGGUUUGAAAACUGCUACCCUGGAUGUGCUUCGGAUGAUCCGUCUCAUAAUUAUCAAUUCUCUCAUACUCCGAAUCCAGCUUGGAGCUCGCUGUUUGCACCGGGUGUGGAGAUACAGAAUUAUUUACUCGAUGUUUGUAGCAAGUAUGGGCUGAAAGAUCGUAUUAGAUUGUCCCAUAGAAUUAUCCGUGCGGAAUGGAAUGAGGGGUGUGCAGAAUGGGUCUUGAGUAUUAAGAAUGAGGUCACUGGUGUAGUUUUCGAGGACCGAUGUCAUUUUUUGCUCAAUUCUGGUGAUCUCAAGGACAAAAGAGUGGCCGUCAUUGGAAACGGUGCCUCUGGUGUCCAGAUUGUUCCAGUUUUACAGCAAGAGGUUGCAAAACUUUCCCACUUUACCCUACGAGGCAGUCUCGAAGCACUAGAAGCCAAACGCGUCAUCUCACUGUACAUGGCCGAAGCCCUCAACUACGACAAACACCUCCUUGAAGCACUAAUACCCUACUUUCCCGUCGGAUGUCGACGAGUAACUCCCGGCAUCGGCUAUCUAAAGGCUUUAACACAACCAAAUGUCGACGUCAUCACCUCCAGCAUUCAAGAAGUGCAACCCAACGGCAUCAAACUGACAAAUGGUAAAUUGAUCGAAGUCGACGCUAUAGUUUGCGCUACAGGUUUCAACUGUUCGUUUAUUCCGCAUUUUCCAAUUAUUGGCGAACAUGUAAAUUUACAGGGUCUUUGGACAAAUAAUCAAUCUCAGGCAUAUAUGUCGUGUAUGAUCUCCGGUAUGCCGAAUUACAUCACAUUCCUCGGCCCCAACGGUCCCCUAGCCCACGGCGCCAUCCCCAUCAUCACCGAACAACUCAGCGCCUUCGCUCUAAAAUUCAUACAAAAAUGCCAAAAAGAAAAUAUUUCUUCCUUUAGACCCUUGCCGCAAGCAGUAAAAGAAUAUGCGGAGUUCAUAGAGAGUUUUAUGCCGAGAACGGUUUGGAUGGAUAAGGGUGUGAGAAGUUGGUAUCGGGAUGGGAGGAGUGACGGAUCGGUUUUGGCGCUGCAUCCGGGGAGUCAGGCGCAUUUUUUUCAUAUGUUGGAGGGGCCUAGGUGGGAGGAUUUUGAGUGGAGGAGUGGGGGGAGAGAAGGAGGGGGAGGGGAAGGUGGAAGUGGGAGAGGGGAGGUUAAUAGGUUUGCGUAUUUAGGGAAUGGGUUUUCGGUGAGGGAAGGUGAGGGUGAGAGGGUGGGUGAUGAUACUUGGUAUUGGGGUGAGGCGGAUGUGUUGUGA